AUGGAUCCGAAAGUGACCGAAUUCCGAAAUGCCAUCCUUACUAUCCUCAAUGAUUCGGACUCGCUUGAUUCGUAUCAUCGGAGUAAUUAUGAAAACUUCUACAAAAUUAUCGAUACGAUGAUCGAAACGUUCUCGCCUUCCGGGACCACGGACAUCGGCGCUGCGGAUACUUUGCAUUUCAACGCCUAUUUCGUAGUGAAGGUCAUGACCCAGGCGAGAAGCGUGCAGUCGGUCGAAACUAUUUCUAAUCUCUUAUUGCAUCUUCUCCGGAGACUUCUUGGAGAGAAAGAAGAUUGCGCCGCUUUCGGAAUCCUUGCGACCAUCCGUGAGAACUUUCUAUUCGGGAUGCACAUGAAAUUACCGAUCGGCAAUCCUUCCGAGGUCGACUUCCCAGCCCAGACCGCUCCUUUCGUUCGCGGAAUAUUGCUCAACUUGAUGGGCGAGUUCCUAUAUUUCGUUCCGGAUCUGGAUGCUCGCUCAUUCCACCAUCAGCUGAUGUCAUGCCUCGAAUCGGUUUAUGAUGAACCUUCUUUCCUUCGAGCGUGGAUCGGCUGUCUGGGAGGAGUUUACAGGAUGCAGGCCAAGGUCCCCGCAGUAAAGCAGCACGUCGUCGACAUAAGCGUCGUCCUACUGAAGCACUUGUCUGACGACAAUCGAGUGCCCCAAGUCGAGUCCGAACUCUUGCAUUUAUUCGAACGACUGAGCAAACGAGAGUCAUUAACGGCGGACAACAUCGCCGUUUUGAUGGAAACUUGGCCGAAGACCAAGAAAACUUUCUCGCCGAUUAUCGUGGAGUGGCUCGCACUCUCCGUCCGAAAAAAUCCGAGUAUCUCGAACGCUCUGCGACCACAUUGGGCCUCACUCCUUCCAUUGGACGACUCAUCGAAACUGAUCGCUGAAAAUCCAACUAUCUCGUCGGAAGAUGUGCGCAAGAUUCCUUUCGAGCCUAAUCUUCUACCGUCAUACGACCUGAUGUGUCGCAUGCCGCAUCUCACCGAUGUCGUCCGAACAACUGUCGAGAUGUAUCUCCAGUCACUGUUCCCUAUAUCGAGCGUGACCGCCUUCGAGAACGCGGUGAAAUGUUGUGGAGUUCUAUUGAAGUCCGGCUUAUCGAGGACCUCCGAAACCACGAUCACCAAUCUGGUCUUCGCCCCGCUGCUGAGUUUCAGUCCGCACGCCGCUUCUUUCCUAAAAGACAGGCACGGCAUCACUUUGAGCGUGCACGAGCUCUCCCAGCACAGGAAUCUCAUUUCGCGCAGUCUAGCUCUGGUUGCGAUGCUGCCCGAGAACAAAGUAAAGAGCGUCGUGAAAAAAUCCCUGCUCAGCGAUGCCUGCAAACGGAAGGAGGUUAUCCUUCCGGUUAUCGAUACGCUCCAUCUCCACAGGAAUAACCUACGGGAGAUCCUGAACGACCUGAAACAUCAUCACUUCGAAGAUGGAGAAAUUUCUCGGUUGGCCGAGCAGCUGAGCAACAUCGCCUGCGUUUUUCUCGGCGAAGAGGUUUGCUCCUGUUCUCGGGGCGAGACGAAGCUCGUGGACGAGAACUUGGGGGAAAUUUUGUCCCAGUACGUGAUAAAAAUCCUCAGGAGCGAGUGCGUGACUCCCGAAUCGAGGAGUAGAGUGAUCGUGAGCGCGUGUUUCCACAUCAAAAUGAACCAGGACAACCUUGACAGCUUACUCGAAAUAUUCGUCACACAGAGAAGCUACCUAUUACGGCUUGGUUUGAUCACAGCAAUUUAUCAAGUUCUCCGGAGCGACUCGAAGUUGCGACCCUACGUUGAUUUUACGGAAAUUUUCUACGAAGAGAACGUCGACGUAUACGAGACAGGUCUCAUGCUAGUGAGCAGGAUACUGGCGGCGAGACCUGCGCUACAUCCGAAUUACUUCAAGUACCUGAUGAAUGCCGUUUGUUCGAAAGUCUUCAACCUCCGAGUCGUCGGACUCAGUGAAGUGCACUGGCUGAGUAGGCAUUUGGGAAUCAGUCUGAAGCAGAUCCUACUCGACAACCGGAAAACCGUCGCCCAAUGCGUCUACAGCAGCAUCCUCGCCACGUCAACGCGGAGUGUUCAGCAAGUGAUGGAGGGAGUCUCGAGUGUCUUUGACGCCGAGUGCGCAACCGUCGGACCCUGCCUCAAUCUCUUGCAUCGUUUUCUCUUGCCGCUUCUGGUGGCGAAUGGUGGGGAAGAGGCCCAGCAACGGGUCCGGGACAUAGCGAAGUUGAGCAGCAACGUCAGCCUCGACAACACCCAGACCAAACUGAUCGCUUUGAUCGCCAAGUACCUCCCACAGAUCGUGGCGUAUCUGUUCACGCAUCACAACGGCGCCGAAAGAAAAUGCGAAGAUUUUCUGCGGUACGCUUUCGGAGCCGAGUGGAAAACAGCGUUCACGGAAGGAGGUCCUCACAAGAUCAUCUACGAAUUAAUGACUUAUCUACCGACGAAAGAAGACGGAGUCAAGAAAGGAAUCCGAUACGUUGCGCAUAUCCGAGGUCGUGAUCUGCGGAGCGACGAGCAGAUCCGGGACUUCGUAUGCGAGCACCAGGACCUCCUCGGGAUCCUGUUCCUCUACGAAACGAAUAUCAGGAAGGCUUCGUCGGAUGAGAAACUUCAGAUCUUAACGAGUCUGGGUCAAUUCAUCCGUUUUCUGGGCGUCCAGUACGUGACGAAAGUCCGUAUAAAACUCCUUUACGUAUUGCGCACGGCGGUCGCGUGCACCGCAAACGACGUCGAGCUUCUGCAGAAGUGUGCGGACGCCUGGUUCAAUUUUGUGAGAACCCUCGACAAGUCGGGUCUGCCCACAAUCGUCGGAGAUCUCGUAAUGUCGAUCGUACCCUUGCUGGGCACGCCCGAGCUGCUGUCGCACGCCCGAGACAUUCUCGAGUAUCUUCUCGUUGCAAAUAAGGCGUGUUACGCGGAUCGACUCCACAGAUUGUCUUUCAUUCUCGAGACCGAUCAGUUACCGAGUUUUGUGCGUCACGCCUUUUCGGCGGAGAAAACACCUUUCAGGGAAUCGCUGGCGAACUCGGUCGCGAACCUCAGCAACGAGAGCGUCAGUAUCCGGAAACUGGUGCUCAGGAGGCUCUCUCGAAUUUUUUCUGAGAGUUUCCGUGAAUUUUCGAAUUUUCUCAACUCGGACUCGAGCACCGAGUUGGUUUCCGAGCUCAUCCCGCUACUGUUCGCCUGCUGUCAGACCGAGGACUUGAAAAUUCAUUCUCUGGUCGGGGAAUGUCUUUCGCACAUAGGGGCUCUGGAUCCCGGGAGGAUUUCGUUGAAAUCUGACUCGAAGCAAGUCCCGGUCUUGAUUACGGAGGAUUCGAACUUCGCGCAUGGACUCUUACAGCGGAUCGUGAACACAUUCCUAUCGUACAACCAGCACAACGACAUGCAGAACAAAGCUUCGUAUGCGAUCCAAGAGCUAUCAAAAACCUAUAGACUACCAGACGACCGAGACCUGUGGAACCUUUUCGCGAACCACGAGCAAGAAGUGAUAAAAAUGCUGAGCGGUACAAAAUACGAGUACAAAAAAAUGGAUCACGAGAAAACUGAAUUAGAUCGACCGCUUUUCGGAGGGCCGCAUGGGAAGGAUUUCUGCAGCUGGAUCAAUGCCUGGAUCAAGUCCUUGCUCCCGCUGGUCAAGGACCCGACCGAGCACCAUGUGUUGGAUCUUUGCAGUCUCAUUGCAUCCAACGAUAUAUCCGUCGCUCAAUACAUUCUCCCGAGUCUCGUCUCCACUGUUAUGGUGAACGCGUCCGAAGAGGAGAUCGAUUCGAUCAAAGACGAAGUGGUCGCGGUGCUCGACGGUAGUGUUAGCGGUCAGAACUCGAAGAAAAUGGUCUUGAUGGCGACUCAAACGGUAUUCUCACUUUUGGGCCAUCUGCAUGCGGUCGCUCAGACAGCGUCCCAAAUGCGAUACCGAGCAAGCCGUACCGAGAACGAUAGGGGAAUCAACAAUACAGACAGUUUCGAGGAAUAAUCGAACUCUUCCAGACGGUGCGUCUUCGUUCAAGACAUCGCCCAGGACAAGAUGGCGCGGGCAGCUUUCAACUGCCAGGAGUACUCGAGAGCUCUCAAGCACUUGAGUACGUACCUGAGGAACAACGCGGACGCCCUCCAGGCCAAUCUCACGUUCUUGCAAGACAUAUACGUUGGGCUCAACGAUCCGGAUGGCGUAGCGGGAGCGGCUGCUUUGAGAAAAGAGGAAGCUUCCCUGAAAGAGAAAAUCAUCGAGCAUAAAGCUCAAGGUCGACUCCAAGAUGCCCUGACCUGUUACGAAAGAUUGAUAAACGUCGAGGGGGGUCGCGAGGAAUACCAUAAAGGAGUCGUCGAAUGCUACUUCGCGCUGCAUCAACCGCUCUCAGCAUUGACCUUCGCUAGUGGUAUGAUGACCAACGGAUCUCCUGAUACCUCAACCGCUCAAAAGGUUCGAAAUCGAUCGAUCCACAUGUGCUCGGAAACAUGAGCUCCAGUCCUUGACUGAUCCUCUUCUCCCCAGGGCACCAUAGACUGGAACGCCUUCCGGGUCGAGGCAGCCUGGAAGUUGGGAGACUGGAACAGUCUCGACAAGUUCUUGAGUCAGAAAUCAGUAUCUUCCAAGAGUUCAACCUUUGGAUUCUCGGUCGGUAGACUCCUCUCAGCCGCGAGGCAAGGCGACAAAGCUCUGUUCCAUUCGAGGCUCGACGAGCGACGCCAAUUCGAGAUGAUCCCAGCCACCGCUGCUUGUCUGCAGCCCGAAGUCUACAUGCAGGUCUAUCCCACGACGGUUGUGCGUCUCCACAUGUUGAACGAUCUUCGGCUGGGCGUUGAGAAACUCGUUGGCUUCAACGGUCAGAAAUCGUCUGGAGCAGAACUCAAGAAACGGCUCGACGAAGUGAUCGGCAUGUGGGAAGAUCGCGAACGCAGGAUGAGACCGUCGUCAGUCCUCACCGAGAGUGUCCUGGAAAUCCGUCGAGCUGUCCUGCAGCUCGCCGCUCACACAGUGGAUCAGCCUUCGCAGCAGACGAUCCUGAACCCAAAGAUAUCGGAGCUGUGGCUGAGAAGCGCACUACUGGCCAGAGAAGCGGGACAUUAUCAACACGCAUACACCUGUCUCCUCGAGGCUGACUCCUAUGCAGGACAGGAUUCGUUCAAAGGAGAGCUCUGCCUGGAGCAGGCUCGACUGAUGUGGGCCAAAGGAGACCACAUGGCCUCGAUCAACAUACUCGAAGACUUCAUUCAGAAGUCUGGCGAGUCCAGGCGUCCAGAGCGGAAUCGUGUGAUGGCUCGCAUCCGGCUCCUACACGCGGAAUACUCCCAUGAAGCAUCGUGGGUCGAUCAGGACGCUCAACAGAACCUCUACAAGAGGGUCGCGAAAGCCGACAGCUCGUGGGAAGAUGGAUACUAUCGCCUCGCUAAAUACUACGACGAUCUCUUCCUCUAUCCGAAAAUCGACUUCAAGAAAGUGAGAUUUCGCAUCCAUAACAUUAUUCAAUUUUACUGCCAGUCGCUAGAGCAUGGUCAAAAACAUCUAUUCCAUUCCUUGCCACGUCUUCUGACGAUUUUCUUCGACUGCGCGGAGAACGCUUCCAAAACCAAAGAUGAGGUGAAUGAACAGAGGCUGCAGGUGCUCUAUCAGAAGGUUUCCACGAACCUUUUGAAAUUGAGUCCCUCGAUUUUCUAUGCUGUUAUGGGUCAACUCGUCUCUCGUAUCGUUCACCCCCAUAAGAGGGUCGUAGACCUCACGAAAACCUUGCUCUGCCAAGUUAUUCGAGCGUUCCCCGAGAGAGCCCUCUGGAAUUUCUUGUUUACCACAAGGUACGAGAACAAACAGAGGUCCAGUCGAGCGAAGGCGAUCCUCGCUCUAGCGGAAGAAAAGAGCCCCGAAAUGAAAGACCGAAUAAACGACAUCACUAACAUGACGACGCUGCUCCUGUCUUUGUGCCGUGCCAAUGUGCGCGACAAGAUCGCUUCAUUAAAAACCGUCUGUCCGGGUUUGAGUAACGGUUUCGCUCGGAAUUACUUCUCGAAGAUAAUAAUCCCCACCGAAAGAGUUCUCGGUGUCGCCAUCGAUGGGACAUCCCCGAGAGACGUAUUUUUCAGUCGCGUAGACGAUCAGGUUAUCGUGUUGCAGUCGCUGCAGAAGCCUCGCAAAAUCGUAGCGAUCGGCUCUGACGGUAAGCGAUACGGUUUUCUGCUGAAAGCCGAAGAUGACUUGCGGAAAGACUGCCGUCUCAUGGAAUUCAUGGGACUCAUCAACAAGUUCCUCUCGGAAGAACCCGAUGCCUACAACAGGAAAUUGCGGAUCCGGACGUACAAUGUCUCUCCGCUCGAUGACAAAUGUGGAAUUCUCGAAUGGGUCGAUAAUCUCCUGCCGUACAGCACUGCCGUCGACGAAGCGAACAAGAGCGGGUCCUUCACGAACAUGACGCACCGUCAAAUCUUCGCUAAAAUUCGCGAAGAAGUCGAAACGCUGCGAAAAGCUUCGGACAUCGCUGGCCUUAGGGCGGUUCUCGACCGGAUUCUGGCCCAGUUCAAACCUUCGCUCUCUUUCUGGUUCCAAAGACGGUUUCCAGACGCACCGUCGUGGUAUCAAGCCCAGAAAAUGUUCUCGUCGUCGGCCGCGGUCAUGAGCAUGGUCGGUUUCAUCCUAGGACUGGGUGAUCGUCACGGGGAGAAUCUUCUCAUAGAGACCACAACGGGUCAGGUUGUCCACGUGGAUUUCAACCUCAUUUUCCUACGGGGCUUGGAUCUGACGUAUCCGGAGGAAGUUCCCUUCCGACUCACUCAAAAUAUGGUCGACGCCAUGGGACCUACGGGUUUAGAGGGCACCUUCAGAAAAUGUUGCCAGGUGACUUUGGGGAUUUUGCGGGCGCAACAAGAUGCCUUAAUGAGCGUUCUGAGUACCAUGGUCCAUGAUCCUCUUGUGGAGUGGCGUCACAAGCGUCGCCAAGAAGACGUUCCCGUCGGAGAUCAGCCGGGACAACGCGAGCUCACCGAAAUCGCUUACCGGCUCAAAGGGGUUUUCUGUGCCCGAGGGAAACCCCCGAUGUCUCGACCGCUCUCCAUCGAGGGUCAGGUCGCUGUACUCAUUAAUGAGGCUACAAGUCUAGAUAAACUAGCGAGAAUGUACCCCGGAUGGGCACCGUGGGUGUAA